AUGGAGGAACCAAAAACCUUGUGCUUGAUGAUGGAGGGGCUUGAGGAUGAGAAGGAGAUAGAAAAGAAGGAUGGGAAGAAGAAUGAGAGAGAUGGGAGAGGGAAAGAUGAAAUGAGGGUAGAAGAUGCAGGAACGAGACAGAGACAAUGGGUCGAAUACUUGGAAGAUUACAACUUUGAUUUGGAGUAUCAUCCGGGUAAGGCAAAUGUUGUAGCUGAUGCCUUAAGCCAAAAAUCUCGUGGCACUUUGGCCGGUUUGGCUAUCCGGAAGUGGAAGAUGCUUGAAAGUUUAGCAGAGAUGGGAUUGCAAUGUUUUGACGAUGAUGAUUGGGUCGACGUGGACAUUGAUGAGGAUGUCUCCUAUGAAGAGGGACCAGUUCAAAUCCUUGACGCACAGCAGAAGGUGUUAAGGGGUAAGACAAUAUCGCUAGUGAAGGUGAUGAUGGUGAUGAUGGUACUGAUGGGUGAUGAUGGUGCUGAUGAAGAUGAUGAUGAUAAUGACGAGGAUGGUACUGAUGAUGGUGGUGAUGAUUUUGAUAAUGUGCUGGCCACUACUGUUCCUUUUGAUGGAGAUGAUUGA